CACAGCAGCAGCCACAGCAGCCACCCAGCAGACACGCAUCCGGCGGUCGUCUCAAUCAAGACAUUUGACCCGGUGCUGCCGUGUCCAUUGUCACUCUUUGCCACCACACCAUCACCAACCAUCCUCAUCAUGAUCGCGCAACGCCUGCCAUCGGCGAGAGCGGCUCUUCGUCAGGCGUCGUCGAGCGCUUCGGCGACGGCAUCAUCGACUUCUUCAUGCAGUAACAUCACCCGAUCAGCUCGCUUCUCCUCUUCAGCAUCAAUAGCAUCAUCAUCACCAGCAUCAGCCAACACUCCAUCACGGUCAGCAAUCGCCACCCCCAGGCUAGGUCGUCGCUCCCCUCAGCAGCUGGCCAGUCUGCAGCAACAUCGCGCCUUUGCCACCUCUAGGCCUGCUCGCCAAGCCACCCCAGUCGAGGAGUACGUUGCCUCCGAAGAGGAUGGCUUCGACAUUUCGUCAGUGGAGCGAGCAAAGGACGAGGCAGACGUCAUCAUCGUUGGCGGUGGUCCAGCAGGGCUGAGCGCAGCCAUUCGCAUCAAGCAGCUGGCAGAGGAAAAGGGAGAGGACAUCAGAGUCGUCGUACUUGAGAAGGCGGCCGAGGUCGGCAAUCAUAUCCUGUCAGGCGCAGUCAUUCAGACGAAUGCGCUUGAUGAGUUGCUACCCAACUGGAAAGAACUGGGAGCCCCACUGAACCAGGAGGCAACUGAGGACACGAUGCGCUUCUUGACGCCUACGGGCUCCUUCCCGAUGCCUCAUCCGCCACAGAUGAACAACAAGGGCAACUACAUUGUGUCUCUCUCACGCGUGACAGCCUGGCUAGGCGAGCAGGCAGAGGCGGCUGGCGUCGAGAUCUACGCUGGUUUUCCCGCUGCGCAGGCAAUCUGGAAUGACGAGGGCACAGGUAUCAAGGGUGUCGUCACGGGAGAGGUCGGCCUUGACAAGAAGUCACAGCCCAAGGACACUUUCGAGCCCGGUAUGGAGUUCCAUGCCCCUCUGACCCUCUUUGCAGAGGGAGCUCACGGCUCGCUCAGCCAGGAGAUCAUUCGCCGUCUCAAGCUGCGCGAAGCAGUCGGAGCUGACCCUCAGACGUACGGUUUGGGAGUCAAGGAGGUAUGGCGCGUCAAGCCCGAGAAGCAUCAGGCUGGCCUUGUAGGCCAUACGCUCGGCUGGCCCCUCGACUUCAAGACGUACGGCGGUUCAUGGCUCUAUCACAUGGAGGACAACAUGGUAUCCAUCGGCCUUGUCGUCGGUCUCGACUACGAAAACCCAUACCUUUCCCCCUUCCGCGAGUUCCAGCGUAUGAAGCACCAUCCCUACUUCGCCGAUCUUCUUGAAGGUGGCGAAUGCAUAGCCUAUGGUGCGCGUUCGCUCAACGAAGGUGGAUACCAGUCCAUCCCUAAGCUCAACUUCCCCGGAGGAGCCUUGAUCGGAUGCUCUGCUGGCUUCUUGAAUGUGCCCAAGAUCAAGGGCACACACAAUGCCAUGAAGUCUGGAAUGGUCGCUGCUGAGACGUACUUCACUGAGUGGGUCAAGCGCAAAGAGGCUGGCGAGCUCACCCCUGCAGCAGAGAAGGAGGAAGAGGCACCGGCCACCCCUUCCUUUGACCUCGAGUCAUACCGUACCAACCUUGACGGCACCUACGUGAUUCAAGAGUUGAAGGAGGUGCGCAACCUUCGUCCUUCCUUCCACAACCCUCUUGGUCUCUAUGGCGGCCUCAUGUACUCGGGUCUCGACUCUCUCAUCCUCAAGGGUCGUGUACCCUUCACGCUUCACCACCAGGGCGAGGACUACCAGUCAACGAAGCCAGCCAAAGAAUGCCAGCCUAUUGACUACCCCAAGCCCGAUGGCAAGCUUUCCUUCGAUAUCCUCACAUCGGUCAGCCGAACGGGCACGAACCAUACCGACGACUCGCCUUCGCACCUCGUCGUCAAGGAGGGAGACUACAAGGGUCACGUUGAGCGCAAUGUCGGCGAAUUCGGCAGUCUUCUGGGUCGUGCCUGCCCUGCGCAGGUGUACGAGUAUCAGGAUGCAGAGGAGGAAGGAGGUAAGGAUGAGCAUGCCUUGGGCAAGAAGCUGGUCGUCAACAGCCAGAACUGCAUUCAUUGCAAGCUGUGCAGCAUCAAGGUGCCGGAUCAGAGUAUCAAGUGGUGCACGCCCGAGGGAGGAGGAGGACCCGCGUACUCGAUCACGUAGGCGUGUGCGGUCCACGAGGGUUUGAAUGGCUCGACCGCCGCUUGUCGACGCCUCUCGCUCUACUGCAGCUAAUUGCAUUUUGAUUCAAAGUGACAUG